CUUAACUGCAUUGUUGGUUAAGGGCUUGUAAGGUCUACCUACACCUGUUGUAUUCAGCGCAUGUGACAAAUUAAAUUUGAUUUGAUUUUGUUGUACAACACCAAAACCUUACCCAGUGCCUCAUCACUAAGAUGGGACAACAUAACAUAGCACACAUCUUUCCCAGUUGAAGUUAACCCAGCCUUACCUAUUGUCCUUUGCAUCUCUGCCAUGGUAAAUGGUGCAUUCAAUGCAUCCUUUACAUCCUCCCUCAUAUCCAGCACUCCAGGAUAUUCCUCUCUUGUUCUCUCUCUCUCCACCUCUGCCCAUCCUCUGACAAAUGUGCCAAGCUAAAUGGAAACUCCUCUGGAAAGCAUGGAGUUUAUUAGGCUACAGAUUAAAUACAUUAUGAACUUCACAUGGUGGUGAAUGUGCAAGAUACUCCUUUCCAAUAAAUAUCGAGGGUCUUAUUCUGGUGACAUGAUUGAUGCUUGGCUGCCGUUUGACAAAUAAUAUCGCUCUUAUCCAUAAUAAUCUCAUAAUGUAGAUAGCCAACCUCCACUGUAUGUGCGAGCUGUUAGCUAGAGCGCAUGUGCCAAGACCAGAGUGGGCACAUUUGCUAUUUUAACAGUUGUGACAAAACCAUCAGUAGAGUUGAAAAUGUAUUCGGUACAUGGGAAUUUAACAGCAAAAGUUAUUUUUUCAUCUGCAAACAGACUGAUGGAAACGUAUCGCCGGUGGGAAAAUGUGCAUAUUGUUUCAUGCAGAUUGUAUAUUCGUAAUGAAAAUCUGUCUCAAAUUGAAUGGAAACCUACCUAAUGUCUAGGAGUGCAGUGAUGCGUAACAUAUUUUGGAAUGCUGUUCCUUUCAUUCAAGGUUUACAAAUGCUAUCAUCUAAUUUCCCCAUCAAUCUUUCUAGGCCGAUCCACUAUUUAAACUUACAGGCUGCAAGUAAAUUAAGGACUUUCUGGUCUCAGUGAAGCAUGUUCGGGAAUGUCUUCCUGCCUAGCUGGUAGACUGGCAGAAGUCUUAAAGCGAUGUCACCUUGUGUAUCUGGAGAGAAAAAUGUUUAGUGAGUAACUUGAUUGUUUCAGGAAAAACAAAUGAAUGAGCAUCUGACGCACCACUAGCUGGGUAUUUUCAAACUAGAUUUGCACUUCGAAGAGAAGAUCUUGGGCCUGCUUCUCUCGGUUGGCGAAGCAAAGUUUUUUUUUUUUGUCCUUGAAGAUCGCUACUACUUAUGAAUGGACGGAAUAGCAGCGGAAUAGCCUCAAUUAUCCUUGCUACUUAGGUGUCUACUGUAGCUAGAUAGCUAGCUUCUUUACAAUGAUGUAAAGACAUGCACUACAGGAUGCCAAAUCUUUCCAGCGGAUGAGUUUUAGUUAGGCAAGAUUUAAUGUUUUAUUUUUUUGUUGCUAUGGUUAUUAAUUAUACUGCACUGAUAGAGCGUAAUUCCCAGAAAACAGAUUUGAUAGUGGCAGCAGCAGAGAUAUGAGUGUAAGAGAUUUUAGAGCAGAAGAUCUAAAGGGGGUUUUAAGAAAAGGGGUCUGUCCCAUCCUCCCAGUUGUCCUGGAGUAAGAUCUGGGAGUACUGGGAUAGGGGUGGUGAGUUUUUUUGGAUAUGGUGGUGUAUAAAAUGUGUGGGUUGGAUGGUGGUGCAAUUUAUUUUCUCCGUUUCCCCUUAUUUUUUGGGGACAAUGUGCAAUUCACACUCCGACCUGUGAAAGGAAACAAUAACCAACACAGCGUCCAGUCUACCGGAAACUCACACGAAGAAGUAAACAGAAAGUGAACAGUGACUAAGAACAAUUUCCACUUUGGCAUUAAUUGUUAUUUAGACGUGUAUUAACACCCUGGAACUCAAAAUAUGACUGAUUUAACUGGACAGCAUCACAUACUUACAGCGUGUAGUGUUUAAUAAGCGUUGGAGACGGGACUUGAUUGAUAUACGUGAUCUCGGUAACGCUAGUGAACAAUGGAUAACUGUAUGGUUUUUCACACUCAAAUAGCCUCCGUCAUGGAGGUGCUAGCGAAUGCAGCUGUAGCUGAGCUCUGUAAACUCGUAGACGACGACUAUGCAGUGUUUCGUUUGGAAAUAACGCAAAGCCAGAAAGAAAACAGGGUUUUGCGAAGGAAACUACUGGAACUGAAGGUGGCAAGGGAGCGCGCAGAGAGGACAACGCGGGAGCGCGUCCUCGCCAGUCGUGUCAAGAUCCCUGACCGAAACAGAGAAAUGUCAAGAGUCACUGUCUCAGGUGAAGGACGUCUCACUGGAGGGCACAGGAGCUUUGUGAAGCCAGCGAGACACAAUACAUGGAGAGAUGACCAACCAAUCACUGUUGAGGGGAGUGGAACCUCAACCCAGCACGUUAUCGUAAUAGAGUCUGCAGAUGCAGAGGCUGCAGGUCCUGGGGUCAAGCAGGAGAGGUCUGAAGGAGAGAAGGACCCACAGCACAGCAGAGCCAUCCAGACUGGAGCGCCCCCUGUAAGCAUAGAGGACCCCACCAGUGCCCCAACGCCUCCCAGGAACCGACCCAGCGUCAGGGAGGUCAGCGGAACGCAGAACGCCGUCCUCAAGUCAGAGACCGACACCAAGACUUUAAAUUUAACACACAGGCUCUUACACACAGGUUCUGACCACAGAUUGGACCCAGGGAGACUGGGCUGUCCUCCUGCUCCUGGUUCAGAGUACUUACCGGUAUUUCACCAGAGCCAGAGGAUGGUUCAUUGCCGUGGAGAUGACUCGAUAGACACUAGUGGUGAUGAUCCGUCUUGUUCUUACACUACAGAGAUGGACCCUGGCAACAAGACCUUGGGUUUAGAGACACAGACUGAUCUGUCUAGAGGGGACUGGAACCGGUAUAGUAGUAGUGUAUACUCUGAAGGGUACCUAGCUAAGAAAGGGGAGGUUAUAGUGAUAGAUGAGGUGAAAGUGGAGGGUGUCGUUCCUCCCACAUGGAUUGCAGAUAGUCACCUAGGAAACAGACACUCACAAGGCAGAGAUUUCUUAUAUUACAGGGAAAGCUUAGAGACACAUCCAAAUGUUGAGACCCACUCCCCUACACACACAUUCAAGGAAUGCGACUCAGUGUCCACGUCAAUGAGUCCUUCCGAUUCACAGGUAUUGAACUCAAAGGACCAAAGGGCCAAGGCUCGGGGAGCAACAUCAGGCAAUAGUAAAGAGAAACGGUUCCUCUGCAUGUUCUGUAAGAAAGGCUUCAGCUGCUCCCAGAAUGUGGAGAUCCACCAGAGGAUCCACACAGGAGAGAAACCCUACAGCUGCCCCCAGUGUCACAUGUGCUUCGCUCAGUCUGGCAGCCUGAAGAGGCACCAAAGGGUCCACACAGGGGAGAAACCCUACAGCUGCCCACAGUGCGAGAAGAGGUUCUCCCGCCAACACCUGCUGAAGACGCACCUGAAGAUCCACACAGGAGAGAGGCCAUAGCGCCUGUACGCACUGCAGGAAGAGAUUCUCAGAGAGGAGCUACCUCAGGAUACACCAGCAGAAAAAACAUUCCACUCUAUAACAUAGAAAGUUUGUUUAGAUCAAACCCUGCAAUGAAGGUCGACUCAGCGAGAUGACUUAGAUGCACAAAGUAAACAGCAGUAGUGGGUCAAUUUCUACAACAACUAAGAGCGUUGAAGCACAAGGCUACAUUUCUGAUGUUUUGGGCCUGCGGCUACCACGUUGUAGCAGUGUGAAGCGAACUCCUCUACAUGCGCAGAUACUGUGUGACUGUGUGAAAGCAAAGUCUAGCAUCACGCUCAUCACAAUAUCUGGGGUUCUGCUCGUGGCAACCUCAUAACGCUGAGUCUUCCUUUAAAGACAAAGGUUCAUUUUCAUUGUUGUCAGAAUAACAUUUCAGUGUUGCAUAUUCCUAGGUAGAAUAUUGCAUUUAGGCAUUGUGUGAUACACAUAAUUACAUUGCCUUCAGAAAGUAUUCACACCAGUUGACGUUUUCCUCAUUUUGUUGUGUUACUGGCCAACACACAAUAUCCCAUGAUGUCAAAGUGGAAUUAUGUUUUUAGACAUUUUUACAAAUUAAUAAAAAAUGAAAAGCUGAAAUGUCUUGAGUCAGUAAGUAUUCAACCCCUUUGUUAUGGCAAGCCUAAAUAAGUUCAGGAGUAAAAACGUCACUUAAGUUGCAUAGUUAACAUGAUUUUUUAAUGACUACCUCAUCUCUGUACCCCAUACCUACAGAUACAUGUAAGGUCCCUCAGUCGAGCAGUGAAUUUCUAACACAGAUUCAAGACCAGGUAGAUUUCCAAUGCCUCUGAAUGAAGGGCACCUAUUGGUAGAUGGGUAAAAUAAAAAAGCAGGCAUUGAAUAUCCCUUUGAGAAUGGUGUAGUUAUUAAUUACACUUUGGAUGGUAUAUCAAUACACCCAGUUACUACAAAGAUACAGAAGCCCUUCCUAACUCUGUUGCCGGAAAGGAAGGAAACCACUCAGGGAUUUCACCAUGAGGCCAAUGGUGACUUUAAAACAGUUACAGAGUUUAAUGGCUGUGAUAGGAGAAAACUCAGGAUGAAUCAAGAACUUUGUAGUUACUCUACAACACUAACCUAAUUGACAGAGUGAAAAGAAGUAAGCCAGUACAGAAGAAAAAUAUUUUUUUGAAUAUAAAACAUAUUUUUAAAAAGGCACUAAAGUAAAACUGCAAAAAAUGUAGCAAAGAAAUUAACUUUAUUUCCUAAAUACAAAGUGUUGUUUGGGGCAAAACCAACACAUCAGUGAGUAUGACUCUUCAUAUUUUCAAGCAUGGUGGUAGCUGCAUCAAGUUAUGGGUGUGCUUGUCAUCGGCAAGGACUAGGGAGGUUUUUUUUCAAUCAUAAAAAUAAACGAAAAAGCUAAGCACAGGCAAAAUCCAAGAGGAAAACCUGGGUCAGUCUGCUUUCCAAUAGACACUGGGAGAUUAAUUCACCUUUCAGCAGGACAGUUACCUAAAACACAAGGCCAAAUAUACACUGGCGUUGCAUACCAAGACAACAUUGAAUGUUCCUGAGUGGCUUAGUAUCAGUUUGACUUAAAAAAAUAAUAAAGUAAGAAUAAUGUGAAAAUAUUGUACAAUCCAGGUGUACAAAGCUCUUAAUAAGGACUUACCCACAAAGACUCACAGCUGUAAAUCGCUGUCAAAGGUGAUUCUAGCAUGUUUUGACUCGGGUUGAAUACUUAUAAUCAAGAUGUUUUUUUUUACAAAUGUAUAAUUUUUCUCCCACUUUCACAGAGUAUUUUGUGUAGAUCGUUGACCAAAAAAAUACAAUUAAAUACAUUUUAAUCCCACUUUGUAACACAACAAAAUGUGGAAAAAGGGGUGUGAAGGCUGCACUUAAUUUUUUAUAUUGUGCUUGCACUGUGUAGACUGAUGUUCAAAUGCCGUUGAAAUACCCCAAAAAUUCCUGAGACACUUUUAAUGAGAAAAUUAAUGCAGAUUUGUUGUUGAGACGUGUGGUUUUCAUAUGGUGUAUUUAAAACUUGUUUCUGUUUAAUAAACACAAAAUUGGACUUUA